AUGAGCUCGAAAGGUGAAGAGGCGAAGUCGGAUAGGGGAACAGAGAUAAAAGAGGAAAACAAGCCAAGAAGUGAGACGGAUUCCUCUUCAAAGAAGAAAACCAGUCCUUUUUUAUCAUCUGAGAUGAAGAGUGAUGUUUCUGACGUAGAAACAAAAUCAUUUGCCAAUAAGCAACAAGAUUUUGCAGACAACAUUUUGAAAGAGAAGUCUAUUUUUAAUGCAGUUGGAAAGCUGUAUUUUUUCAGCAAUAAAACAAGCAAAUUGGAGACGAGGGGCGAGGGCGAGUUUUACAUUUUCAAGGAUAAAGCAGAGAUGUACAGACUAAUGAUGAUACGUGAUCAGUUCAAGCUUAAGGGAUGCAAUCAUUAUAUUCUUCCAAACUGUCCAUUAACAAGACCGACACAAACUAAAAAUAGCUGGAUCUGGACGGCAUUGCAGGACAAGAGUGAUGCAGAAAAGAACGAAGAGAAAACGCUUUAUUUUGCCACAUUUAGAGAUGAAGACAUUUCAAAGCUAUUUGAGGAAAAAUACAAUCAAGCCAAAGAAGAAAAUUUAAAAGCAUUAGAAUUAAGGAAGAACACAGGAAAAAGUAAAGCCAAAACGAAUUACAUAACAGAAAGAGAAAAUGACGAAGCAGUCGAGGCUGAGAAAUAA